GACAUAAUCGAUAGAGGACUCUCUCCAAAAGCUUUUCUUUCUAGAGAGAGGGAGGAGGAAGAGGAGUCCAAUACUUAUCUUUUCUUUAGACUAAUUUCAACCUUUCGUUUUUAUCUAACCCCAUCCAUGUUUCCCUCAGCACCACCAUUUUUUUACCUCUGUUAACUCAGAGCUAUUUACUAUCUCUACUAUGGUUUCCAUGUGAGAUACCCAGAGCAAUUAAUGUAUUCUAUUUAAGAGCAAAAUGUGUGUGCUACACUGCUACUAGGGUAUGGGGUCUCGUUCUGCUUCUUGGGGGUUACAUUUAUUACUAUUCCUCUGUUGGAAUCACUAGGGGAAUGUUGGUAACCGAGAGAGAGUGAAAAGAGGAGAAAAAUUUAAGGCUUACCACUUCAACAACUUCUGCACUUCUUUGAUGGAGAAGCUCCAAGGACCCUUUAAUCCUUGGUUCAUAGGGGAGCAUCCGGAUGUGGAGUACUGUUUACCACAAGGAUUUCUCAACACAGAGAGCCUGAGUUUUGAGGAAGAAGAGCCAUAUUACCUAGACCCAAGCUUAGAAGAUAAAAUGCCUUUCCUCCAGAUGCUUCAAAGUGUUGAACAUCCACAAUUUGUUCCCCUCAAAGAACCCAACUUUCAGACACUUUUGAGGCUCCAACACCUGAAGAAGCCAUGGGAGAUAAACACCUACAUGCCUGAAAUGGAAACACAGAUUCAAACAGUUGAGCCUGAAAGCUGUAUCACCCAUGAAAUUGUGGACUUACAUUCACCAGUUAAAUCUGAAAGCAAGAAUCUUCAAAACCCACAUUCUACUACCAGCCACGAAGGUGUAAGCUCCGGGUUCCACCAAGAACUACCCAGCUCUGCGGAACCAUGUUGCAGAGAAGGUAACUCAGGCUGCUCCCCUCCGUGGCCUCAACUGCAGACCAAACCCAGAGUCGCCCAGGACUGCAAAUCUUCCCCAGUCACAAAAGGAAGGAAAAAGCGAAAGCGAACGAAGCCCACCAAGGACAAAGAAGAAAUAGAGAACCAGCGCAUAACCCACAUUACAGUCGAACGCAACCGCCGUCGCCAAAUGAAUGACCAUCUCAACUCUCUCCGCUCGCUCAUUCCUCCCACUUACAUUCAAAGGGGUGACCAAGCGUCGAUUAUUGGUGGUGCAAUAGACUUCGUGAAGGAAAUGGAGCAGCUUCUACAGUCACUGGAAGCUCAGAAGAGAAUAAGAAAAGCAGAAGCCAAAGCCGGGUCAGACAUUUCAUCGAAUGGGUUGCUUACGUCCCAGUCUCCGCUGAAUCGUCAACCAUUGCCCCAAAAUGCUGGCAGUGAAGAAGCAAAGGAGGAGACCAAACCAGAAACGGCACAAAUUGAAGUGACUGUGAUACAAAGUCAUGUCAACUUGAAGAUUGAGGGCCCAAGGAGACCUGGCCAGUUAUUGAAAGUCAUCGUUGCUUUGGAGGAUCUCCGGCUAGCUGUCUUACACCUUAACAUCACUUCCUCACAGUACACCAUUCUUUACUCUUUCAAUCUCAAGAUAGAAGAUGAAUGCAAGCUAAGAUCAGCUGAUGAGAUUGCAGCAGCCGUUCAUCAAAUGUUCAGCUAAAUUUCAAAUUAUUAGUCAAUUUCAGGAUUUUAGGUGCGUACUGUAGCCUGUGAAUGCACCACAGACGAGGGUGCAUGACAGUGUAGAUGAUGUUUACUGCUUGAUCAGAAAAAGGCUCCCUUUUUUUUGUAACCAGAUGAAUAUAUGUAACGUUCUCUAUUUUUAUUUUGGAUUUUGUGUCGUAUGAGUGGGGCACACCAUGUUAAAGUGUUGAAGGAGAUAUAAAAUAAAUAAAUAAAAACGAAGUAU